AGCUUGUUUCUAUGAGCAGAAAUCCACCAACUUUGCUGCUGUAGUUGACAAGGAGGCCUCGUUCGACACUGUCUGGGUAACUGAGAGCUCAGGGACACUUGAUGUUAGCGAGUCAGUGGAGAAGUAUUCUCGAGCGUGUGAUCAUUUUGCAAUCAACAAGUUCUACAGCCCAAGGCAGGAAGAUUUCAAGACGUUGGUUCGAGUGGUCCAGGGAAUGGUACAAGAGGGACCAAAGAUUCUCGCCCAACGAUGUAAGCGUUGAUGGAAAUGUGAUCAGACCAGCUUUUGCAGUACACUAAGAAGGGCAAGUCAGUGGCAGGCACAGCGCAUGAUCAAUAUCGCGUUCCGUUCAGCCUGAGGGGCAUUCCGCUAGCAGACCACUUCGUGCCACGAGAGGCAGAUAUGGGCCAGCUGACAGCCUUUUUUCGAUCGACCGCUCCGUCUCAACGGCGGCGGAUCUUCGUGGUGCAUGGCAUGGGCGGCACGGGCAAGACGCAGCUGUGUGCGGAGUUUGUGCGGACGCAGCGAGAGUGGUUCACAGCGGUGUUCUGGCUGGACGGAUCGUCAAAAAAUGCGCUCCGACAGUCAAUGAGUGCUGCAGCGCUGCGACUGCUGGACGGACAGGUGUCGCCGGCAGUUGGGGGAGAUCCCGCCGAACUGACACGGCUCAGCGACAGCUUUCUCCAAUGGCUCUCGCGCGCGGGUAACGAGAACUGGUUGAUUGUGAUUGACAAUGUGGACCGAGAAUGGCAGAGCGUGGUGCAAGACGACCAGGCGUACAAUUAUCACGAAUUUCUUCCUUCGGCCGACCACGGGAAUACCAUCAUCACGACACGGCUUGCGCGACUGCAACGACCGGGGGCGAGUCUCGCUCUGGGGAGCGUUGAUGACGGUCUAGCAAGAAAGAUGAUCGAGUCUCGAGCGGGCAGACCAGUGGACGACAUUGAGGCCUUACUCCUGAAGCUGGGCGGUCUUCCGCUUGCGCUCGUGCAGGCUGGAUCCUAUCUAAAUAUGACGGGCAUAACAGUAGCGGCGUACAUCCGAGAAUACGACGAAACAUGGGCGGAUCUCAUGCAGCGCCAAGACCAGUUCCCCCUGCAGGAGUACGCGGAGCGAAGUGUGCUUACCACAUGGAAGAUGUCCUACACACAGGUGCAGAAUGUCGAUGCGCUUGCGGCGCGCCUGCUCGACCAGUGGGCAUUUCUCCACCACAGCGACGUGUGGCCGGAACUGCUAUCGUCUAGAUCGGAUGAUCCGAGUGCCGUCUCACUCGAUCAUCCUAUCGACGACGCGUUCUCCCGUAUGACGGAGGCCUCUCUCAGGCAUGCAAUCGGCAGCCUGAAGCAUUACUCGUUGUUGUCUGUAGGGGCAGAAGACGCGCGACAUUUCAUCCAUCCGGUGUUGCAUACAUGGUGUCUGCAUAACAUCGAGUCGGCCGAGGCGAGGCAAGAGCUGCUCGGGAGGGCUUUGCAGGUAGUGGUAUCUUUCGCCAAGGGGAUGCCUACGAGUGCGACGAAGGAUGAGAGAUUACGACUGGUGUCACACGCGAGAACAGUAGGGCGCAGAGUAGGGACGUGGACGAUGAGCGAAAGCAGAGCAGAGGAUUGCCAUUCAAUCGCAUCAUUUCUUGACGAGUGGGAGGCGUCCGAUGUGGUGCGGGACUUGUAUUUGCGAGCGCUGCGUGGGAAGGAGAAGGCAUACGGCGCGGAGCACACGUCGACGCUCAACACGGUCAACAAUCUCGGCCUUCUGUACAGUCAAGGCAAGAUGGCGGAGGCGGAGGAGAUGUACUUGCGGGCGCUGCGUGGGUACGAGAAGCUGUCAUGGGUCUCGCCGGCUCGCGUAGCAUCUGUGAAAGAGGCCUUAUCAUCUUUGCGUCAACGACUACACUACCUUCACAACGAGCAAGCAAGCGAGAGCAUCACCCAAGUAGAGGAUAAUGCGAUGCCAUCGGUAACGUCCCUAAGCAGAGGGGUUGCAGAGAGUCCUAAAGCGUUUAGUAGAUUAAUGCGUAAGAUGUGGAAACGCUCGCAGCUUAAAUAGCUUUCUGAAUCCUCAUUUGCUAUACAACACAUUGUCAUGUCGAUUUGAGAGAAUAUUCCUAAGGAAACGUGAUUUGGUUCUUCUUAUUCCGAUAGCCAAGCCAUUUCC